AUGCUGCUACCUGCAGACCAGGCUUAUGUACAGAAGUACAUUGUGAAGAAUUAUUUCUACUAUUACCUGUUCCGAUUUUCAGCCACUUUGGGACAAGAAGAGUUCUACAUCACGUUCCUUCCAUUCACUCAGUGGAAUAUUGAUCCUUAUUUAUCCAGAAGACUCGUCAUGAUAUGGGUUCUGGUGAUGUACGUCGGCCAGGUGGCCAAGAGCAUCCUGAAGUGGCCUCGACCCGCCUCGCCUCCUGUUGUACAACUAGAAAAGAGAAUUGUGGCAGAAUUCGGAAUGCCAUCCACCCAUGCCAUGGCGGCCACCGCCAUCUCCUUCACCUUCCUCAUCACUACCAUGGACAGAUACCAGUACCCUUUCCUUUUGGGACUGAUGACGGCUGUGCUGGUCUCCACCUUGGUGUGUCUCAGCAGAAUCUACACAGGGAUGCACACAGUCCUGGAUGUUUUGGGCGGGGUCUUGAUCACCGCUCUGCUCAUCGUUCUCACCUACCCUGCCUGGACCCUCAUUGACCGCCUGGACUCGGCCAGCCCCCUUUUCCCUGUGUGCGCCAUCAUUGUGCCCUUCUUCCUGUGCUACAAUUACCCAAAGAUGGAUUACUACACCCCUACCAGGGCGGACACCACCACCAUAGUAGCUGCCGGGGCUGGAGUGACUGUGGGCUUCUGGAUCAACCAUUUCUUCCAGCUCAUGUCUCAGCCCGCCAAACCUCUCCCUGUCAUUCAGAACAUCCCACCGCUGACCACUGAGAUGAUCAUUUUGGGUCUGACCAAAUUUACAGUGGGGAUCGUACUGAUCCUCUUGGUUCGUCAAUUUGUACAAAAUCUCUCACUGCAGGUGUUAUACUCGUGGUUCAGGGUGGUCACCAGGAACAAGGAGGCCAGGCGGAGACUGGAGAUUGAAGUACCUUACAAGUUUGUCACCUACACCUCUGUUGGCAUCUGUGCCACAACCUUUGUGCCAAUGCUUCACAGGGUUAUGGGAUUACCCUGAACCUCCAUCCUGCUGGUCCUGAGAGCCAAUAGUAUACUAGGAAGUUGCGGGGCAGAUAAUCUUGACAACUCAUAUUAAAAUCUUAAGUCAUACCCUUGCUUUGCUGAUACAGCUACUGCUGUGAGUCUAACAAUGAUUGGUCUGUAAGAAUUACGGUACAGUGGAUCUGUGAUGAAACCUUGAGAAAGUUCUUUGAGAACAUGCUUGUCUUCUCUGUUACAUGGACUUAGAGGAUCUCGUUCUGGGUGGCAGGAACUGUGGCCUGGCUUAAGGAAGAUCGCAG